GCUGCACACGAAAGGACAAGCGACGACGCACUACUAUCCAUUUCAAAUACAUACCAGAAGAUAGCGUUUUACCAUGAAAACACCGAUGACGAUGGGAAUUCUAAACUCGAUGGCUGCAAUCGCUGUCAUUGCUUCCAUCUCAAACACGAUGGAUAUAUCCAUCGAGGCAUUCCUGCCUUCCUCCCACUAUCCGAGACCGGCAGCACUUGGAAAACUUACUGGCAGUCGCGGAGUCGAAACGCGGAUCUGCAUGUUUGAUUGGGUCAACGACCUGUUCGGAGGCGACGCCAAGAAAAAGGAGGAGGAAGCCGCUGCCGCUGCAAAGGCAAAGGCAAAGGAAGAAGCCGAAGCAAAGAAAAAGGCGGAAGAAGAGGCAAAAGCUGCUGCCGAGCAAGCUGCRAAGGAGAGAGCCGAGGCGGAGGCAAUAGCCAAGCAGAAAGCCCAGGAGGAUGCCGCCAUGUUGGCGAAGGCAAAGGCGGAAGCUGAAGCUAAAUUUGCCGAGUUCGAAGCCCAACAGAAAGCAGAGCAGGAAGCUAUAGCUUCAAUUUCUGCCCGAACAAAGGCGAAAGCCGAAGCAAAGACCGCAGUGGAAUCCGAGACUGAAAAGGUGGAAGACGAAACGACUACCAAGGCCGAGGAGGAGACCGAAAUAAAGGAUGCAGCAGUCGAGACCAUGAAAACGGAGAAAAAGGUUGUAGCUAAGAUCAAGGAAGAAKCUGAAGCAACUGUAGCCACCGAAGCUCAAGCUGAGAAAGUGAAAGAUGCUGCAAAUUCUACGGCAGAGGUAGAAGAUGUUGCCGCCGCACAGAAAGAUACAGAGGAGAAAACGACGAGUGAGACAGCAGAGAAUGAAGAUGAUGGCGAAUUAGCUAGAUUCAAUGCCUAUCUGGACGAAGUAAUCAAGAAAGGGGAUCGCAUCAAGGGUGUUGUUCAGUGGUACAAUCCGAAGAAAGGGUUCGGUUUCAUCAAGCCCUUCCAAACUGCAGACGAAGAAUUUGAAAUUUCCAAGGCAAUUCGCAAAGAACGGGCUGUCAAAGAACACGAGAAGAAAGUGGUGACAUACAGUCCAGGUAUUUACGUCCAUCAUAAUUCCCUCUACACACCUGACGAAACCUACUUUCGAAAAUUGUAUCCAAGAGAAUCAGUAGAACUGGAGGUUGAUUACGAUAAUGAGGGCCGACCGACGGCCAAGGACGUAACAGGACCUGAUAGAACGGACAUCCAGGCCAUACUGAAAGAGAAGCUUAGACGAGAAGCUUCAUAAAAGUACCGAAACUACAAAUAUGAUGGCGCAAAGGGAUCCAAUUACAUGAAUAAAAUUAUAAGAACCCG